GUGGAGUGGAAGUGGUUUCUGCGCAGCCUGGGCAGGGUCCGGUGACCUUUGAGGAGGUGGCCGUGCAUUUCUCGGAGGAGGAGUGGGCUCUGCUGGACCCAGGCCAAAGGACUCUGCACAAGGAAGUCAUGGAGGAGAAUCGUGGGAUCCUGGCCUCUCUGGGACAGUUCUUGCCUCAAGAGAGAAAUUGGCAGCCAAGGAAGGAGACCUUUUGAGUCCUGGUGGGAGCAGAGAUGGAGAAGAGAAUCAAGAUGGAAGAGCAGAACUUUGCUGGCCAUGAAGCAGGAAAUGUCUCCUGCAACAUCAAGGAAGAGGACAGUGCAGAACCCUGGGGAAAAAGAGUGCAGGAGAAACAGCCUGGGAGCAACACCAGCUCAGAAGUGGAGCGCCAGCACUUCAGGGACUUCUGCUACCAGGAGGCCAAAGGACCCCGAGAGGUUUGCAGCCGACUUCACCACCUUUGCCGCCAGUGGCUGGAGCCAGAAAGGAACACGAAAGCUGAGAUGCUGGACCUGGUGGUCCUGGAGCAGUUCCUGGCUGUCCUGCCCCCGGAGAUGGUGAGCUGGGUCAGAGAAUGUGGAGCGGAGACCAGCUCCCAGGCGGUGGCCCUGGCAGAAGGCUUCCUCCUGAGCCAGGCAGAGGACAAAGAGCAGCGGAUGUUGGCCAAAGCAGCCACAGAUUUCCUUGAGGAAGUGGAGGCUCUGUCAGACACCACACAGAGGCCGGUAGAGAGCCGGAUCUUGCAGGAGGAUGACAGAAGACCCUCUUCACUGGGGAGUGGAAAAAUCUGUAGAGAGAGUGAAUUGUUCCUGGGGGAUCCUUCUAGGCCUCCUUCGCUUGGUGGUGGAGUGGAAGCGGUUUCUGCACAGCCUGGGCAGGGUCCGGUGACUUUUGAGGAGGUGGCCGUGCAUUUCUCGGAGGAAGAGUGGGCUCUCCUGGAACCAGGCCAGAGGACUCUGCACAAGGAAGUCAUGGAGGAGAAUCGUGGGAUCCUGGCCUCUCUGGGUGAGUACAGGCAAAGCAAGGAAAAUGGAGUAGACCAGAGAAGGAAAACUGAAACAGAAGAGAAGAGGGAAAACAAAUCCAUUUCUAAUGAAGGGUCAGAUGUCCGUGAAAGUCCAAUACUAGAAGCACCAAGUAAAAGUAACAUUCCCAAUAGGAAGACACAGAGGAAAAGCUCUCAGGAUAUAGAGACUCGGAAGACAUGUCUUAGUCUUAGCAAAUAUCAAAGGUUUCAAUGUUUAGAGUGUGGAAAACCAUUCAGUUGCGACUCACAACUUAAGUUGCAUACAGAAAUUCACACAGAGGAGAAGCCCUAUAAAUGUUUUAAAUGUGUGAAAGAUUUCACCUUUAGCUUAAGCCGUAAGCAGCAUGAAAGAAUUCACAUUGGGGAGAAGCCCUAUAAAUGCGUAGGGUGCGGAAAGGGCUUUGUUAGGAGUGGCGAUCUAAAGCAACAUCAAAGAAUUCACACUGGGGAGAAGCCCUAUAAAUGUUUAGAGUGCGGAAAGAGUUUUACUCAAAGAACAAGCCUUAGGCAACAUCAAAGAAAUCACACAGGAGAGAAGCCCUAUAAAUGCAUAGAGUGCGGAAAGGGCUUUGUUAGGAGUGGCGAUCUAAAGCAACAUCAAAGAAUUCAUACAGGGGAGAAGCCCUAUAAAUGUUUAGAAUGCGGAAAGAGUUUUGCUCAAAGAACAAGCCUUAGGCAACAUCAAAGAAAUCACACAGGAGAGAAGCCCUAUGAAUGUUUAGAAUGUGGAAAGGGCUUUGCCAAAAGCACACAGCUUAAGAGGCAUCAAAUAAUUCAUACAGUCGAGAAUCCCUAUAAAUGCUUAGAGUGCGGAAAGGGCUUUGUUAGGAGUGGCGAUCUAAAGCGACAUCAAAGAAUUCAUACAGGGGAGAAGCCCUAUAAAUGUUUAGAGUGCGGAAAGAGUUUUACUCAAAGAACAAGCCUUAGACAACAUCAAAGAAAUCACACAGGAGAGAAGCCCUAUGAAUGCCUAGAUUGCGGAAAGGGUUUUGCUCAGAGAGCUACCCUUAAGCAACAUCAAAGAAUACACACAGGGGAGAAGCCCUAUAAAUGCUUAGAGUGUGGAAAGAGCUUCAUUCAGCACAGUCAUCUGCAGCGACAUCUAAGAAUUCACACUGGGGAGAAGCCCUAUGAAUGCGUAGAGUGUGGAAAGCGCUUUUUUAGGAGUGAAGAUCUAAAGCAACAUCAAAGAAUUCAUACAGGGGAGAAGCUCUAUGAAUGCUUAGAGUGUGGACAGGGCUUUGUUAGGAGCGGAAGUCUAAAGCAACAUCAAAGAAUUCAUACUGGGGAGAAGCCCUAUGAAUGCUUAGAGUGUGGAAAGAGCUUCAUUCAGCACAGUCAUCUUCAGCGACAUCUAAGAAUUCACACUGGGGAGAAGCCCUAUGAAUGCUUAGAGUGCGGAAAGAGCUUUGUUAGGAGUGAAGAUCUAAAGCAGCAUCAAAGAAUCCAUACAGGGGAGAAGCUCUAUAAAUGCUUAGAGUGUGGAAAGAGUUUUGCUUGCAUGACACAACUUAAGCAACAUCAAGGAAUUCAUACAGGGGGGAAGCCCUAUAAAUGCUUAGAGUGUGGAAAAAGUUUUGCUCACAGAACAAGCCUUAGGCAACAUCAAAGAAAUCACACAGGAGAGAAGCCCUAUGAGUGCCUAGAUUGCGGAAAGGGUUUUGCUCAGAGAGCUACCCUUAAGCAACAUCAAAGAAUACACACAGGGGAGAAGCCCUAUAAAUGCUUAGAAUGUGGAAAGAGCUUCAUUCAGCACAGUCAUCUUCAGCGACAUCUAAGAAUUCACAUUGGGGAGAAGCCCUAUGAAUGCGUAGAGUGUGGAAAGAGUUUUGUUAGGAGUGAAGAUCUAAAGCAACAUCAAAGAAUUCAUACUGGGUAGAAGCCCUAUGAAUGCUUAGAUUGUGGACAGGGCUUUCUGAAGCAGCAUCAAAGAAUUCAUACAAGGGAGAAACCCUAUGAAUGCGUAGAGUGCAGAAAGAGCUUUUUUAGGAGUGAAGAUCUAAAGCAACAUCAAAGAAUUCACACGGGAGAAUCCCUAUAAAUGUUUAGCAUGCGGAAAGAGUUUUGCUCAAAGAACAAGCCUUAGGCAACAUCAAAGACUUCACACAGGAGAGAAGCCCUAUGAAUGCUUAGAAUGUUGAAAGGGCUUUCCAAAAAGCACACAGCUUAAGAGGCAUCAAAUAAUUCAUACUGUUGAGAAUCCCUAUAAAUGCUUAUAGUACGGAAAGAGCUUCAGUCAGAGCGACUACCUUAAUCAACAUGAAAAGAAAUCAUUCAGGGAACAAGCCCUAUAAAUGCGUAGAGUGUGGAAAGGGCUUUGUUAGGAGUGGCGAUCUAAAGUGACAUCAAGGAAUUCAUACAGGGAAGAAGCCCUAUAAAUGUUUAGAGUGCGGAAAGAGUUUUACUCAAAGAACAAGCCUUAGGCAACAUCAAAGAAAUCACACAGGAGAGAAGCCCCAUAAAUGCCUAGAUUGCGGAAAGGGUUUUGCUAAUAGAGCUACCCUUAAGCAACACCAAAGAAUACACACAGAGGAGAAGCCCUAUAAAUGCUUAGCGUGUGGAAAGAGCUUCAUUUAGCAUAAUCAUCUUCAGUGACAUCUAAGAAUUCACACUGGGGAGAAGCCGUAUGAAUGCUUAGAGUGUGGACAGGUCUUUGUUAGGAGCGGAGGUCUAAAGCAACAUCAAAGAAUUCAUACAGGGGAGAAGCCCUAUAAAUGCUUAGAGUGUGGAAAGAGCUUCUCAGGCUACUGUGUUUGUGUGUGUGAGAAUGUGUUGUGUCUAUGAGCUAUUGUAGGGUGAAAGCGUAGGAGAGCUGGUGUGGCUGAGAUCCAACCAUCCCUCGGGUGGAGGGCAACAGAUUAGGGGGAGAGAGUGGCCAUUGCCUGGGUGGGAGCCAUGGGUGAGGGUGUAAUAGUAGGCCUGUUUUCAUUUGAAUUUCCAUUUCCUUACUGCCUUAUCAUCCCUGCCUGACUUUACUGUCUUUGUGUGUGAAUCUUUUAUUUUGUUGUUGUUGGUAUGGUCUUAAUUGUGUUAUAGAUAAGCAUUAGACAUGUUGCUUCUUUUAAAA